GGAGCUACCAGACACGAGCCAACCAUGUCGCUCCAGGUUAAUCUGUCGGCGCCCGACAUUCGGGCCGCUUACGAUGCGGUCCUCUCGGGCGCUUCCGACUACCUCAUUCUGACAUACGAAAAGGGAUCCAACGACCUCAAGGUGCAGACGGUCGAAAAGGGAAGCCUCGACGAUGCCCUCUUUGACUUUAGCGACGGUCGGAUCCAGUAUGGCUUCGUUCGUGUCAUCGACCCCAAUUCGAAGCUGCCAAAGUUUGUUCUCAUCAACUGGUGUGGCGAGGGUGUCCCCGAAGCGCGCAAGGGCAUGUUUCCCUCACACAGCGCAACCGUGGGUCAGUAUAUGCGCAAUUACCACGUCAGCGUCAAUGCGAGAAUGGAGGCCGAUCUGGACUCCAAGGGCAUCAUGAAGAAAGUCGAGGCCAGUGGGGGUUCGAACUAUGCUGCCGCAGGAAGCAGCGCCAACACCCAGCCUGGUGGCAGGAUCGAGCCUGUCCGUUCCUCGUAUCAGCCGAUUGGUGCGCCAGACAUCAAGGCGCUGCAAUCGGGUGCGAAGAGGGAUGUUAUUGCGCCCGUGGGCACCGCUUACAAGCCAGCUCGUGACGAGCUCAGCAACAUUCGAGCAGGCGGAGGCGCAGCCCCUCCCCCUGCGCCUCCUCACCCUACAGCUAUUGCAUCGCCUGCUCCUCCUUCUCCCGCACCUUCCGCCCCAGUCCUGCCUUCCACUGGUGGUACCCUGCCCAAGGCUCCUUCUGUGGGAGGCAUUGUCGGCAGCGUUCCCCCACCACCUGCCAGCAGACCUACGCCCGUGAACAAGCCUGCCGUUGCGCCUGCUGCAGAACGAGGUCCUCCCAAGCCAGACGAAGACAACAGGAUCAAACCUGUGGGAACAGCGUACGAGCCUGUCCGAUUGGGCAAGCCAGGCAAGCUGGGGAACCGCUUUCCCUUUGGUCAGAAUGCCGAGCCGGAGCCUGCACCCGCACCGGUGUCGAGACCGCGGCCCAGUGGUGGCGGUUUGACGUGGACUCAAAGGCAGGAGCAAGCGAAGAAGCAAAAGGAGGAGGAAGAGGCGAAGACGAGGGAGGCUGUGAGCAAGGCCGCCGUCGGUGCUGGCGCAGGUGCCACGAUUGUUGGCGCUGGAGCCGCCGCGGUUCGGAGCGCUGUGGGCGAUCCCAAUCCUCCACCUCCUCCACCACCUGCUCCUCCUGUCGCUGAUCCUGUCGCACAGGUGACGUCUGAUCUGCAGCAGACGAAGCUCGAUGAGGGCACGGCAGAGGCGCUCGCCGCUCCAGGUGCGACUGCUGGCUCGACUGGCAAGCGCGCCGUCGUCGUGUACGAUUACGAAGCCGCCGAGGACAACGAACUGGCGCUCGUCGAGGGCGAAACGAUCACUAGCAUUGAGAUGAUCGAUGAGGGCUGGUGGAGUGGCGUCGGACCCAAUGGUCAAGAAGGUCUUUUCCCUGCUACUUAUGUUGAGCUCGUCGAAGACGAGGCCCAGGAAGACGCUGGUGCUCCUCCGCCUCCUCCCCCGCCGCCUCCGCCACCACCUCCAGGUCCUGAGCCGGCAGCGGCGACCGCAGGAGACGAGCCUCCGCCUCCUCCACCUCCCCCGCCGCCACCACCGCCACCGCCAGCCGCGGCUGCUGCUCCAGUUGCAGAAGAAGCGAUCCCUCCUCCCCCGCCACCACCGCCUCCUCCGCCUCCCCCAGCGGCCUCAGCUCCGGAACCCGCCGCGGCCGCCACGCCGAGCGCGACGGCCCUGUACGACUACGAAGCGGCAGAAGACAACGAGCUCGGCUUUACAGAGGGCGAGCAGAUCGUGGACAUCGAGUUCGCAAGCGAGGAGUGGUGGUCCGGCACAAACAAGACGUCUGGUCAGACAGGCCUCUUCCCCGCCAACUAUGUCGAGCUUACAGAGUAG